AUUUCAUGCCAACUUCAUUCGUAUUAUGACAUUUUGUGAAAGUCAGCUGACGUUUGUUUAUCAAAAUUCUCGUUACAAUUCCCUUUAAUUAUUUCAAAAUCCGUUACAAACCCUCUUUGUUUCAAGCCCACAACAUUUUAAUAAUUCAUUUCGGUCAAUUUAAAACGUGCGUAGACAACAAUGGGGCGCAUUUUUCUCGAACAUAUGGGAGGCACUCGUCUCUUUUCCUGCGCCAGAUGCGAUACGAACCUAACAAAUCGCUCUGAAUUGAUAAGUACCCGAUUCACAGGGGCCACAGGUCGUGCCUUCCUCUUCAGCAAAGUGGUAAAUUUGACGUAUAGUGAAGUCCAAGACAGGGUCAUGUUGACAGGUCGCCAUAUGGUGAGGGACGUUUCGUGCAAGUUUUGCGAGGCGAAGUUAGGGUGGAUGUAUGAGUUCGCAACUGAGGAAAACCAGAGAUAUAAGGAAGGAAGGGUUAUUUUGGAAAGAGCGUUAGUGACCGAGAGUGACGGAAUGGAGGAAAGGGGCUAUAAUGAUCGCCAACACUAGUGAGGGGGCUUUAGCUCGAAUAUCGCAGGGAUUUUCAUUGUUUGAUUGGUAGUGAUAGUGCAGUUUUUUGUUUUUUUUUUUCAAUCAGCCAAUCGUAACCAUAAGGAUAAGUGAUACAAACCUUCAAGUGUUCAAUUCUGUCUCGGAGUUUUGUAAUUUUUUUGAUACUUGUAAUGAGAAGUUAGUUUUAAGUCGUUCUAUGUAGGUUUAUUUCAUCUCGUUUAAUAAAAAUCAUUAGCAAAAAUAA